AUGGAGUCGAACCAGCGUCCGAAGCGCGCGAGAACCGCCGCCGCCACGGUGGCGUCCAAAGCGGCGGCAGCGUCGAAGAAGUCGACGGCCGCCGCUUCGAAGAAGGCGAAAACCUCCACCAAGGCCGCGGCGGCUGCCGCCGCCGCCACCACCGCGCGUGCCACCGCUCCCAAGGUCAAGAAAACCGCCGCAAAGCCCGCGGCUGCCGCCAAGCCUGCCGCAAAGCCUGCCGCCAAGAAGAAGGGUGGUCCCCUCGAGGUCGGCACCGAAGCUCCCCCCUUCGCGGUGAAUGACCAGGACGGCGCGGAGGUCACCCUCGAAUCCUUCAGGGGGGAAAAGAACGUGGUCGUGUUCUUCUACCCCAAGGACAAUACUCCCGGCUGCACGAAGGAGGCUUGCAAAUUCCGCGACUUGAAGGACGAGUACGACCGCCUGGACUGCGAGGUGCUGGGCGUCAGCGCGGACCACGAGGUCAGCCACGGCAAGUUCGUCGCCAAGUACGGCCUCAACUUCAGACUGCUCGCCGACACCUACAGGUCCCUGAUCAAGUCCUACGGGGCGUCUAAGGCGGGCGACAAGAUCCAGCGCAGCACCGUCUUGGUGGACAAGGAGGGAAAGGUAGCGGCCGUCUGGAACCCGGUCAGUGGGGCGGAGCAGCACCCUGUUCGAGUCCUCGCAAAGCUCAAGGAGAUAAUGAUGUAAAAAGUGCUACUUCUACAUAUCAGCGGGGGCGUCGACGAGAGAAGAGGAUCAUUUUUUUUUUUUCUCUUUUGGAGAGACCGGAAUGGAGAGAGAGGGGGUAGCGAAGCUGAGCUGAACGCGGCACGACUUGUGACUAUUUCUUGACCAGGACAAAGUCGUUUGGGGUGGUGGCGGUGGGGGGGAUAGGGUGUAGGUCGAGGGCUUUGUUUUGUGUGUGUAAAUUAAUUUACGUAUUCUGUUGCGGCACGCC